CGAAGCGCCGCCGGGGUUUGAAUCGCAGCCCCGGUCGGGGAGGGUUCUGCCAAAGUGCCACGUUGGGCCCGGCGGCGGCGGCGUCAGGAGCCGGCUCGUGGAGCCGUCUGGGGUGCGGGUCGUUGGGGCCAUUGGGCGGCGCAAGGCGGGCUAGGAAGCCGGGCGGCGGGCGGCUCUGACGGAGCCUCGGUGGCGGCGGGUCCCUCCCUGGGACGGCUCUGGCUCACGGCGGCGGGGCCGGGGGCGAGCCAGGGGCAGCGGCUGAAGCGGGUCGGCGGCGGCGGGGGCCGCUGCCCUCGCAGGACCCGGCCGAGAUGCUGGCGGAAAACCUGCUGGAGGAGGAAUUCGAACUGAAGGAGGACGAGCCGUGGUACGACCACCAGGACCUCCAGCAAGAUCUCCAACUUGCUGCUGAACUUGGGAAGACAUUACUGGAUCGGAACACAGAGUUGGAGGAUUCUCUUCAGCAGAUGUAUACAACCAAUCAGGAGCAGUUACAGGAAAUUGAGUAUCUGACCAAGCAGGUGGACCUUCUACGGCAGAUGAAUGAACAGCAUGCAAAAGUUUAUGAGCAAUUAGAUGUCACAGCAAGGGAACUGGAAGAAACAAAUCAAAAGCUAGUUGCUGACAGCAAGGCCUCACAGCAAAAGAUUGUAAGUCUAACUGAAACAAUUGAAUGCCUGCAAACCAACAUUGACCAUCUCCAGAGCCAAGUGGAGGAGUUGAAGUCUUCUGGCCAAGGGAGGAGGAACCAGGGAAAAUGUGACAAGCAGAAGUCAGCCCCCAGCCUCUCCUGUCUGAAAGAGCUGUAUGACCUCCGCCAACACUUUGUGUAUGAUCAUGUGUUUGCCGAGAAGAUCACUUCCUUGCAAAGUCAGCAAAGCCCUGAUGAAGAAGAAAAUGAGCACUUGAAAAAAACAGUGACAAUGUUGCAGGCCCAGCUGAGCCUGGAGCGGCAGAAGCGGGUGACUAUGGAGGAGGAAUAUGGGCUUGUGCUAAAAGAGAACAGUGAACUGGAACAGCAGCUGGGAGCCACAGAUGCCUACCGGGCACGGGCACUGGAACUAGAGGCUGAAGUGGCAGAGAUGCGGCAGAUGUUGCAGGCAGAGCAGUCUUUUGUGAAUGGGGUUGAGAAGCUGGUGCCAGACUCUCUGUUUGUCCCUUUCAAAGAGCCUAGCCAGAGCCUGCUGGAGGAGAUGUUCCUGACUUUGCCAUACACACACAGAAAGCCUCUCAAGCGUAGCAGCAGUGAGACGGUCCUAAGCAGCUUGGCAGAGGGUGACAUUGUGAAGGGCCACGAGGAGACCUGCAUCAGGAGAGCCCGGACUGUGAAGCAGAGAGGCAUCUCCCUUCUGCACGAAGUGGACACUCAGUACAGCGCCUUGAAGGUGAAGUAUGAUGAGCUGCUCAAGAAGCGCCAGCAGGAACAGGACUCCCUGUCACACAAGGCGGUGCAGACCCCCAGGGCUCCGGCCAGGGACCUGCCUGGGGUGAACGCCCAGCCUGAGCCCUGCGCCAACAGCUGGGAACCAGCUUCCAUUACCCCAGAGCCCAUUGGUUCCCCCACCCCUACCCCGCUUCCCGAAUACAAAGCGCUUUUUAAAGAAAUCUUCAGUUGCAUCAAGAAAACUAAGCAGGAAAUAGAUGAACAGAGAACAAAAUACCGAUCUCUCUCCUCCCAUUCUUAACUGAACCUCCAGCUAUACUACUAAUUUCCCUAUUUCCUGUCACUUCUCCCAUUGAGACAAGUGUUUGUAGAGUCCAAAGCCUGAUGUCGCUCAUGCUGUUUGCCUCAUUGCUUUGCUUAUUUAUUUAGCAUAUGCAUACAGCGAGGAAAGGAGGUGGCUACUGGUGCCAGUUCUACAAUCCAGGUCCUUUCGAGCUCUCCAGGAAGUCCCGUGACAAACUGGCCUCUCGCUGGUGCACUAAGUAGACUGCAUUUUCUAGAAAAGCCCCUAAACCUAUAUUUCCGGAGAAGCAGGCUGGAGUAACUAUAACAUGGGUGAAAAAGGCAGAGUUGAGAUGACGCUAAGGCCACUCUACUGCUUCCUUGCUUGACUGUCAAAAGUAUGUACAAACCAGAGGGCUGCCAAACUCGCACAAGCACUGUUGGAUACUGUGAAUUCAUUAAGGAGAAAGCGGGGGUCUAAUCCAAAGUAAAUGGCAUUAACAAAUACUCAAAGCCUUUGGGUCUGGUUUAACUGCUACCAGUUGAACUGUGACUGGCUGGUAGUCCGUUUUAUCUCUAAAUUCAACUGAAUACCAAAAUGAAAGGGUAGUUUGGUUUAAUCAAAGUUAGCUUGUUAGCAUACGCCCUAGGAGGGUGUCCACCCCCACAUUCAAAUGAUUUUAUUACUCAGAGCUAGAGCACUUAGAAUAGGUGAAUACGUAAAUUUUUAAUGCGUUUCUGAAAUUCAAAUUAAAGGGGAAAGAUCAAACCACUGGCCUUUUUCUUUUUUACUGUGUUGUCAUGAGCUGCUGAGCUGCUCUUGCUCAGUUCUUGUCAUUCCUGUAAAUGUUUCAACAUCCUGCAGAAAUUCCUAUUUGCUACUUUAUUAAACAGGAUUGUAUAUUCUGACUGUGGAAAUAAUACCCAUCCUCUCACUUUGCAUACUUUUAAUUUAAAACUAAGAGAACUGAGGUUCUGAUUAUUGUGUAUAUUUUUCUAAAAUCCAAAUAAAGCUACUUAUGAAACA